AUGGAGGUCAAGGAAGAGAAACCGAUGGAGGAGAAGCUACAAGUCCGUGAGAAGACGAUUCCCGUGUUCACCGUGCUGAAAAACGGUUCGAUUCUGAAGAACAUCUUCGUCGUCAACAGUCGCGAUUUCUCGUCGCCGGUGAAAAACGGCGAUGCUAUAUCCGAUGACGACGAGGUAGAGGAGAUUCUGUUAGUCGGUCGACAUCCAGACUGUGAUAUUCUGCUAACGCACCCUAGCAUCAGCAGAUACCACUUGCAAAUCCGCUCUGUUCCCUCUCGUCAGAAACUCUUCGUCACCGAUCUGUCCUCUGUGCAUGGAACCUGGGUUACGGAUCAGAAAGUUGACCCAGAUGCUUGUGUAGAGGUGAAGGAAGGUGAUGUAAUCAGGAUCGGUGGUUCAACAAGGAUCUAUAGGCUGCAUUGGAUUCCCCUGAGCCGUGCAUAUGAUAUCGACAAUCCAUUUGUUUCACCACUCGAUGCAUCUAUAGUGAUGGAGCAAGACGAAGAGAAUAGAAUCCUCGAAGCAGAAAAUCUGGAUCAGUCACAAGCGAAUACUGCAUCAGGUGAUGACGGAGAUCUGCAUCUGGAUGUGACGUCAGAAGGAAGUGGAUCAUCAGUCCCUAGUGAGGAUGAGGAUACAAGGGAGUUGUCGUUGCCACUUGCAUCUCCACUAUCUAGAGAUUCUGUCAAGACACAAAAGCUACAAUUUGAGGAACAUGUGCAGACUUUAACAAAGUGGGACGUAGAUGUUGUAGAAGCUGCAGCAGAGAAGCCAAGUAGCAGCUGUCCCUCAAGUAAGCAGCAGAGUGGUGGCUACCUGGAAGGCUUAGGUUGUUUUGAUGAUGAAGAUUCUGCAGAGGGUGAUGAAUGGAAUGCAAGAGGAGAUGGAUUUCUGCAUGAUCUGGAUGUGAUGUCUGAUAUGAUGGAGUCACCAGUCCCUAACGAGGAUGAGAAUCCAUUUCUAGGUGCAAAGAAGACUUCAUCGUUUCCACUCCCAAGAGAUUCUUUUGAGAUAGAAAAGCUACAGCUCACAGAAGAUAUCCAGGCUUCACCAGAGUUGGCCGUAGAUGUUAUACAAGUCAAAGCAGAAAAUCUACGUAGUGGGCUUAGCAGCUGCUCUCCAAGUAAGGGACAAAUUGAUGGUUGCUUUGAAGCCUCCGGCUGUACCGCAUUUGAAUUGGCUUCAGAGGCCGAGAUUCUGAGCCUUCAUCAAGACGUCAGUAAAGAAACUGAGUUUUUCAAAGAGCUAAUGGUAGCAUCUGCGGAACCACUAACUCAGCCUGAAAUUUGGAAUCACGUAGACACUGGAGACACUGAGGUCUCAGGGCAAGCUGAGCGACUGCUACAAAUUUUAACUGAAGAUGCCCUAUGCCUCUUAGGUUCUGAAAUCCAGAGUGAAGUGUCCAUAGAGAUUAAUAGUGAGAACCUACAUCAAAAGAGCAAUGAAGUGAGUCCUGCAGGAGACAGAGAGCCUGAAAAAGUAUUGGAUGAAGGGAGCAGCUCGUGCCUUUAUGAGUACCUUCAACAGAGUGGUACACAAAGUUUCUUGUCAUUAGCAAAUCUGAAAUCCGAAACAGAAAUGUCAAUUGUCUCUGAGAGAUCUGGAGACUCUUACAACCUAAGUGAAAUAGGGGACGAAGAAAUUACUGAUAAGGAGGUUCCAGUUCGAUCAACACUGGCUGCAGAAACAUUUGAGGAUAUAAUACGGAUUGAAGAGCUGCCUUCUUGUUAUACUGAGAGUCAAGAAAACCAGACCCAGCAACCACAUGCUGUUAGAGAGGAUGCACUCUCUGAGAUGGAUAUCUCUAGGAAGGGAAUGGCUGCUUCUGUUACAUUACUUGAACUCUCAGGUUGUUCUGCAUUUGAAUUGGCUGCAGAGGUUGAGAUUCUUAGCCUUCACCAAGAAAUCAGUGGAGAGACUGAGUUUGUCACAGAGCAAGGAACGGAAGCAUCUGCAGAACCACUAACUAAAGCUGAAAUUCAGAGUCACGAAGACGGUGGAGAAAGUGAGGUCUCGAGGCAAGUCGUUGCAGUGUCUCCCAUAUCCUUCCCUCAAACUGAGCCAACGUUAACAGGAGAUGACCGAUGCCUCUUAGGUUCUGAAGUGGCCACAGAGACCGAUAGUGAGAACCUACAUCAAACAAGGAAUGAAGAAACCAAGAUCGUUUCAAGGCAAGCCGGUGCAGUAUCUGAUUGUUUGUUUGCUAGUAACGAAUAUCUUUCACGAAUCGAUACAGAAGAUCUCGAAAGUUUAUGGUCGAGUUGGCAGCCGCAAGCCGAGGCUCCAUCUGAGAUUCCGAGUGAAGUGAGUCCUGCAGGAGAUCAUAAUCAAAUAUCAGCAACGAAGAGGGAGACUGAGAAUAUAUUUGAUGAAGGGAGCAGCAGCUCGUGCCUUUCUGAGAACCUUAAACAAAGUUUCUUGUUAACACCAAAACAUCAGAAGCCCAGAACAGAAUUGUCAAUUGGCUCUGGGAGAUCUGAAGAAUCUUACAGCCAACCGGAAAUAGAGGGAGAAGGAAAUACUGAUACGGCGAGUCCAAUUCUUUCGACAUUGGCUGAGGAUACACUGGCUGAAGAAUUGCUUACUGAUUAUGCUGGAAGUCGAGAGAACCAGACCCCGCAAACACAUGCUGUCAGAGAUGAUGUCCUGUCUGAGCUGGAUAGCUCAAUAACCUCGUCGAGAACAUUGAGCACAUGCAACAUUUGGUCUAGGAGGGGAAAAGCUGCUUCUGUUCUUCAGGUGCGGACCAACAGUAGCAAAGGAAAGCAAAAGCAUAUUGGGAAUCAACCAAAAGCCCAGUUGCAGAGAAAACUAGCUCUAAGUGACAACAAGUCUACUUCUCUGAAUGUUCAUUAUGGUGCAGAGAAUCUGGAACCACCGGAGAUCUUUACUCCUGACAAGGAGAAUCUCACACCAAGCUCUCAUAUGUUGAAAAGAUUACAAGAUAUUGGCGACAUAAAAGACAGCAAGAGCUCUUCAAAGCUUUCGGGAAAAUCGUCGUGCUCGUUAAAGACUCCUUACAGCAUUGCUGCUAUUGUUACUACUUCAGGGGCAUUGACAGAGCCAGAAAUCUUCACCCCAGAUAAGGAGAAUCUUACCCCAAACUCUCAUAUGCUAAAACGUUUGCGAGAAGUCGGUGAUAUUAAGGAUACUAAAGGGUCCUCCUCUAAAGCAACACGUAAACCAUUCUUUGAUGUUCAUGCGGAAGAAAACGUGAUGGCGGAACGGAAACCAAAUCUACAGAUCUUGAGCAGCAAAUCAAAGGUGAAGCGCCAUGAUGAGCCUGUGGCACUGAAGAAGAAAGUCGAAAGACCACCUUUUCAACCUCUACUUGAAAAAUCUUCAUCUCAGAGCCAAUCAUACACUGAGGCUUCUUCUAUUGCAUCAGUAAGAAGCAACGUUUCUAGGGGCAUUCGUUCUUCUUCUAACCUUUCUGGUGGAAGCAAGAUGAAGUGGACCAUUGUGUUGGACACUUCUUCACUCCUCGACAAAGAGUCUAGAAAGCCACUGCACCUUCUACAAGGUCUCAAGGGUACACAUUUGGUCGUACCAAGAACAGUGUUAAGGGAACUAAAUGAGACUAAGCGCACUCGCAGUCUUCUCUAUAGAAGAACAGCAGAAACUGCUUCCUCAGCUCUGGAAUGGAUCGAAGAGUGUAAGGUUAAUACCAAAUGGUGGAUUCAACUCCAGUGCUCAUCAGAAGAAACCAAAGCAAAUGCACCAACACCACCAGUCACUCCUCUGUCAUAUAGCUCACCGUUCCCGUUUUCACUUCACUGGAACAAUAAUAAUAACGCACCAGAGAUCGAUUCUCCUACAUCAGAAGAUCAAGUUCUCGAAUGCGCACUUCUUUACCGAAACCGUAACAUUGACGAAAAACUCGUUCUUCUUAGCAACGAUGUAACUCUCAAGGUCAAAGCCAUGGCAGAGGGUGUGAUUUGCGAGACGGCGAAUGAGUUUUACGAGUCUCUGAAGAAUCCGUUCUCGGAGAGGUUUAUGUGGCCAGAGAGCUUGCCGAGAGGACGAACUUGGAGUCAUCUGGACGACGUCGUGUUGAAAGAAAGGUACAACAACCGAACAACGUACAAUGGAGGAGGAAGUGGUGCAGUAGCAGCAAAAGGCUUGAAACUCAUAUUGCUUCAUAACUCUCACUAUGGUCAUAUUCAACAAUGA